GAAAAAGAAAUCCAAAAAGACCAUGUCCAUUUUGUGGUAUAUUUCAAAGUCGAUUAAGCAGGCAUAUUCUAACUAAACAUAGAGACAACGAUGAGGUAAAGGCAGCAAAGCAGCUUCCAGUAAAAGACAGAAAUCAGGUUUUAUGCAAUUUGAAAAGGAGAGGCUAUCACCAGUACAACUUGAUGCUGAUGAAAGAGGAGGACUUUGAUAGGGAAGGAAAUGCAAUGGAAAAUAGGGCUAUGUGUUCCUCAUGUCAGGGGUAUUUUGUAAAAGAACACUUGAAGAUUCACAGAAUCAAAUGUACAGCAGCAGAGGGAACAACAAUUACACCAACUGCAAUUCCACUUUCUGCUGUUAGAGAUGAUGGUUACUCUGAAGAAUAUAAGGCAGACAUCUUAAGUGGCUUUUUGGAUGACAGAAGUGGAACGUUUUGUAAAACUGAUAAAUACAUCAAAGACUUUGGUUUUCACAGUUACAGAAGAUUUGCAGCAAGGAAGGACAAAAACCCACAGAACCGAAAAAAUAUAAUGAAGCACAUGAGGAUGAUAGCAAAUCUUUUCUUUUGUUUUAAAAGCGAGGCAGCUAAAAUUGGCAUAGACAUAAAUGCAACAUUAGACAUGUUUAAAAUGGAACACUUUACCACUUUUAUGGAUGCUAUCCAUGUGAUGGCUGCAAAAGACGAUGGUGGUAUGAAAUCUGGAUUAAAAAAAAAUGUAGGUCACCUUUUAAAAAAUGUUAUUAAACACAUAAAAGGGCAGCAUUUGUUGCAGGGUAAGAAAGAUGAAUUUGAUUACUACAAAAAGGAGAUAUUUGAUGGAGCUGAAUACAAUUGUAUAAAGAAUAGACAGGAAAACCUUAGACGACCACAAUAUUUACCUCUUGAUGAUGAUGUAAGAAAAUUGCGGAAUUACACUCUGACUGAAAUUGCACAGAUGGAUGACCCAUACAAGAUUUUAGAUAUGAAUGAAUAUCCCCGGCUUAGAGAUCUUGUGGUAGCCAGAAUAACACUGUUCAAUGCCAAGCGGGGAGGAGAACCAAGUAGACUUACUAUAAAGGAAUGGGAUGAUGCAAAAGAUGGUGUCUGGUUAGCUGAAACCCACAAGAAAAAAGCCAAAACAUCAGAGGAACUUGAAUUAUUUGAAAUUUAUAAAUUGUCAUAUCAGUCUGGCAAAAGUGUGUGCCAUAUGCUCCCAACACUCAUUCCGAAAGAUUCUUGGAAAGCUAUACAAAAGCUUACUGAUCCACAGAUAAGACAGAUGGCAGGUGUUAAACCUAGUAAUAUAUAUGUAUUUCCAAACAUCAAAGGCUCCAACUUUCAUGUUAAUGGAUGGAAUAGUGUAAACAAAGUAUGUAAGCAGGCAGGGCUGACAAAAGAGAUUAACGCCACCCAAAUGAGACAUUACAUGUCAACUGUGUUUGCAAACUUGGAUGUACCAGAGACAGACAGGCAGGCUUUUUAUAGACACAUGGGCCAUUCAGAAGAAAUCAAUAAAAAUGUUUACCAAUGUCCAUUGGCUGUUCAAGAAAUUACAAAAGUUGGAAAGUUUUUAUAUCUUAUGGACAAAGAUGGCAUUAAAGCUUAUCCUGACUCUCACUCAUCACCAGCAAAACUGCAAAAUGUUGGAGAAGAAGAUAUUGCUGGUACGUCAUAUGACAAUAGUGGUGGUACUGAUGAAAGUACAGAUACAACAGAGAGUGAUGAGGAUUCAAGUUCAAGUUCAUGUUUUGGAAAAGCAAAGAGUUGGAAAAAAAGACAGAAGAAAAUAACUAAAUACAGUUCUUCAGAGGAUGAUUCUAGUCCACAAAGUGAUGACAGUUCUGAUACAGGUAUCAAUUCACAAAAGAGAGGAGUGAAAAGAAAGAGUAAAGGCAGCAAUCAACAAAAGAAAGCAGUGAAAAGAGAGAAAAAAG